CCCGUUUUAUUGCUUGUUGUGAAAAAGAUGGAUUGGAUUAAUUACUUGGAUAAUUUUGGCUUUAACCAAGGUUGAAGCUAUCCACAUUUGGGAGUUUUAUAGCAAUUGAAAAGAGAUGGAUUGGGCUAAAUAUUUGGUUAACCCAUUUCGGUUGUUUGGUCUCGUCGGCCCAACUGAGGAGUAUGAACAUUGAAUUUACCUUUGUGUCCUCAAAGUUGUGUAAAGUGUGCCUUCAUCCCUUUCCCAAAUAUACACUUCGAAUUCAGCCCUAAAGUGAAUCCCGCCACUCCAAUUACUCUUCCCGCCCCAGACCUUGCUCCAUUAUAUAAUGAGUGGUGUUUGCCCUAAAUGAAACAACCGCCAUUCCCACGAAUUCCAAGCGUUUCUACGCUAAUCCUUCCCGUGCAUUGAACACAAUGGCGAGCUCUCAGCGAUCCGGUGGAAGCAUCUGGAUGUCAGACAACAAUGGAGAUCACGCCUGAUGAUAUCAAAGAGCGAAUGCAGUUCUUCGAGCUGCGAUAUCGUACAUUCAAGGCUGUUGUGGCGACUUAUGGGGUAACAUGGGAAGUGAAAGACCACUUCAUUCAGGCUGAUGAGGCUGUGUGGAAAAAAAUCUUCAAGCAUCAGCCAUUCGCCGCUGCUUACUUCCACUGUGACGAGCUUGAUUUCUCCCGGCUCGCUAUUGUAUUUGGCAUGGAGGACGUCAAGGUUGAAGAUUCGCCAAAUGUGAUCGUUAUCUCUAACUCCACUGAAAUUCUAGCUCCACCGUUUGUGCCUACAAUCACCACGCCCACUGACCCUGACCCUGACGAAGUGAACUCACCUCUUAUCACUGUGAUCGGUUCGGUGCGUCGCAAGCUAUUUGACGAAGAAGGGGAUUCUGGCGACCGUGAGUCCAACAAUGGCCAUCUCCCGCCUUAUUAUUCUCCUCCGACCGGUGUGAAACUUGGUUCGUCAUUGGCAAAGCCAAAGCUUGGUAACCUCGUCAAACAACUGAAUCCUCCAACUUGCUCGCCAAAUGCAUACUCCUCCGCUUCUUGGAGCCCAUUUGGUGGGUAUAGAAAGCACUGAAUGUGAGCUAUGCAGUCCAUGCAUAGCUCUCCUUUUGCCCUACUAGGUAUAUAUUUCCCAAAAUGCACGCCUCCCCUUUUGUGCUACUAUAUCUACGAGGUUGGCAACGUAAGGAAGUUAUGUUAAUCUUAU